AAAAAUAUAUGAAUUUGAAGACUAAAAUGUCCAUCUUUAUCUGCUUCAAGUUCUUGUUCUUUCCACUGGUUGUAGUAGGAUUUGAUGACUGCACAACAACCAGGUGCAGUAAAGGUAGCCUGACCAUUCGGUUUCCUUUCAGGAAUAAAUUUCUACAGCCAGAACAUUGUGGCUAUCCAGGUUUCGAUUGUAUUGCCACAAGAGCAAGACUUGCUCGAACUGCCUUUUUCAGUCAAGCUAGAAGUAAAGAAAAUUGAUUAUGCUUCUCAAAAAAUCCAUUUCUAUGAUCUCGAUGGAUGUCUUCCUCCAAAGCUUCUGUAUCUUAAUUUAUUAGCUUCCCCAUUCCAAAUCCCUGAAAAUCUAUUGCACAACUACAACAUGUUCAAUUGUACUGCAGUCGAAAGAGAGAUGGAUUACAAUAAUAUUCCUUGUCUUGGUGUCGUCGGCUAUCAAGUCCACGCCAUUUAUUCUGAUCCAUACUCAGUCGACUAUCUUUUGACUUCAUGUACCAAGAUUCAUGAAAUUUCAUCUGUUCCAUUGUCUAUAUUACGAGAACACUACCUCUAUCUGAAAUGGUCAGAACCAUAUCGUGGCAAAUGUGAAGCUCAAGGAAAUAUUUGCAGCUUAGACACCAAUAAAAAUGGAACUCAGUGUACCAACAAGCCCAAGACACAUAGAAGUGAACCAAGGUGAGAUUUGAUUGUAGGUGAACUUUUCCUUCAUGUCGUUUAAUUUACUUCAGAAAUGUUAUUUUCUAUCUUGUGCUGUUAAGGUUUAUUAUCAAAAGUA